UAUAGGAUAAGAGUUCAUAAUUUAUUGCUUUGCUGUGUCUGUCUAUGGCUUCGAUUUUCCUUCUGUGAGAUACAGAUACAGAUACAGAUACAGAUAGUCGUCAGUCAUGUCAAUCUUAUCCAUUUCUUCACCAAUCUCCCGUUCUUAUUAUUCGCCAUCAGUUUCAUUUUCAAUUUCUCGCGUGCCAUGUUCUAUUUCAACAACGGUUGUGCCAUGGCAAAUGAAGAACCCGAACCCGAACCCAUUUGUGAAAUUGCAAGGAGGAGGAGGAAGAAAAGGGAAAGGGAAAGGGAAAGGUUUGGUGGUGGUUAUGAGCAUGGAAGCAGGUAUUGGAGUGAUGGGGACCAAGUUGGGAAUGAUGAGCUAUUUUGAAGAAGAUGGAGUGGUUGUUCCGGUCACAGUGGUUGGUUUCAAAGAAGGCAACAUUGUCACUCAGAUAAAGUCUGAAGCUACGGAUGGGUACAAUGCUGUGCAGGUUGGUUACCGAAGGCUCAGAGACCGCAAAUUAACCAAACCCGAAAUGGGUCAUCUCCAAAAGGUUGGGGCCAUUCCCAUGCGCCAUCUUCAGGAGUUUCGUCUUCAAUCCGUCGAUGGCUUCGACCCUAACCAACGUCUUAUUUUUGAUGAAAUCUUCAAGGAGGGUGAUCUCGUUGAUGUCUCCGGCACCACCAUUGGCAAGGGUUUCCAAGGUGGAAUCAAGCGUCAUGGGUUCAAAAGGGGUCCAAUGAGCCAUGGUUCUAAGAGUCAUAGACAACUAGGAUCAAUUGGUGCUGGAACUACACCUGGCCAUGUAUACAAAGGAAAGAAGAUGCCUGGUAGGAUGGGAGGAAAGAAGAGGAAGAUAAGAAAGCUUAAGAUUGUGAAAAUUGAUAAUGAUCUUAAUGUGGUAAUGAUCAAAGGUGCUGUCCCUGGUAAGCCUGGAAAUCUUCUGCGGAUAACUCCAGCCAAGAUUGUCGGCAAGAACAUUCCAAAGAAUUAGCAUCUCUCUUUUUUCUUUUAACUUCGUAUUGGCUUUGAUUAAUUUAUCUGUAACUGUUGUGCCCCCCUCCUGUUAGCCCCUCAGUUCCUAGUUUCUGUAUACUACUCUUGCCCUUCUCAACCCAUUGGAUUGACCGAGUUAUACUGUUCCCUUCGAUUAUGAAUUCAGUAUCUUACCCGGUCAGCGAAAAUCUGUAUUUUCUUGGGAAUACGUUUUAUAUAAAUUGAGGCAUCUUCCCUGGCAAAAAAAAAUGACAUUUAUUUG